UCCCAAGUAUUUCUUUAAACCUCUUUGGAUGCUUAGUAAUGUGACACACAUCCCAGCACUGGAGAGGUUGAAGCAAGAGGAUUUUGAGUUCAAGGCCAGCCUUGGGCUCCACAGUGAGUAUAAGUCUCCAAAAUCCAAAAACAUUUUUAGAAACCCUCUUUGGGGUUGAAAAUAUUAUUUCAGUGUGUAACUGUCACCUUAAAUGCACAAACGUAAUGUGUACAGUUAGUGCUGCUGCCUGGCCUGCUCACUCCAGGGGCUUCCUGCCAUCCUGAACUCUCACUCUUCACUGAGUAGUGGUUUCCUGGCUCUGUGUGUGUGUCAGAUGGAGCUAGUCUUUGUUCAGAUCAGUGAGCCUGUGAGAACAGAACUCAGUGACACAUGCAGAAGAGCAGUGAGACUGGAGAGGCAGUGUCACUAGCUCUGGUCCCAGAGAACUCAAAACUCAACCUGGCGCUGAGACAAUGGUGUGGGGAAACAGGAGUGUGUGCAUGCGUGCGUGUGCGUGUGUGUAUGUUAGGGAGAGCUAUGUCCUCACACUUUGGGUGUGUGAGACAGUGCCCCAAAGGUAUCAUGACAGACUUGAACCCUGACUCCAGUGAAAUGUCUGGGCAAGUAACGCAGCCUCUGAGGUGAUCUUUGCCAAUAACAUAAGAGAGAAGCUUGUCAAGUGAGUUCCUUCAAGGGUUUAAGGAAGUCAGCACUCACUAAAUACUAUUUCCCUUGGUUUCUACAUCCAUGGACCAAAGAGAUAGUCUGGGCGGGUGAUGGAUGCAGAAAAGCGGGAGGCAGCCGCACAGGGGAUGAUUAUUAUGGGAAGGUGAUAAGAGCUAUAUCUGAACAGCAUGGCUAAGUGUGACAAGAAAGCAGGGAGGUGUGAAUAUCAGGUUGGGGGUGAGAAGCAAGAAGACUGAAGGGAAAAGCCAGGGCCAGAAAUGGACUCUCUCUGUCCCGUGUGCCACACUCCAGAACCUCAGCAACACAGCCUCAGAAAGCUUCCCUGGGCCUGGGGGAUGGCUCAGUUUUUUAAGCGCUUAGCAUGCAAGUAUGAGGACCUGAGUUCAGAUUCCCAGCUCCAGAUAAAAAGCCAGGGAUGUGGGCAAGCACCCAGGAUCCCUAGACUUGCAGGCCAGCCAAUCAGUGAGCUCCAGUUUCAGCAAGAGACUCCGCCUCAAAAAAUAAGAUAUGGGCUGUGGAGAUGACCCGUUGGAUAAAAGCACUUGCUGCAACAAGGCUGAGCUAAGUUCAGAUUCUUAGAACCCACAUGACAAGCCUUAUGUACUGAUACAUACAUGUAAUCAGUGUUUCUAUGGUGAGCUGAGAGAUGGGUGGGAGAAUAACCCGAAUCUGUGGGCUUGCUAAACUGGACUACGAUGGCAGACAGCAGAAACAAGGAGACCCUGCCUCAGACAAAGCAGAAGGUAAAAACUAACCUGUAAAAAUUGUCCUCUGGCCUCCACGUGUGGGUACACACACACACACACACACAUACACACAGACACACAGUACAAUUAAGAAAAAUGCUUCUGGGAGCUGUUGGUAGGAGUAAGGACAACAAGCCAAUUAGAGUGGCUCACACCUGGAAUCCGGUACUUAGGCACCUGAGACAGGAGGAUUGCUGUAAAUUCAACUCAAUCUGGUCUACUUAGCAGGUUCCAGGACAGAAGAGCUACAUAGUUCAUGUCUCAAACAAAGCAAAAAGAUUAUGUUCCCUUCCCCAUCAUUCUGUCUCCAUUCUGGGCACAGAAGUUUUCCAGGUUACCCAGUGUGGGCCAUUUGUGAGAACAGAGCAGUGCAAGCAAAGCUCAGAUGGUUUGAGACAGGAGGUGACAGGAUUCUUUUAUUGGAUUUCCUCUGCCGGAUGAUGCCAAACACACAUGCUGCCAAGAGCAGGGCUUCUUGUUCCACUUCAGCUUUAAGGAGAAGCUUUGAGAGGAACACGAUGGCAGAAACCUAUGUCUGUGGCCAAGGAGGGCCUCGGGAACUACUUUUGCUGGGAGGGCGAUGCCACACGCUAGGUUGCAUAUGACUAUGGUGGGUUUCUGCUAGAAACCCUAGCGAGGCGAGGCUGUGUGGGCGGAGCCUGUGGGGCGGGGCUCCGGGGAGGAGCGAGCUCGGCUCCUCUAGCAGGCUCCGCUCCAGUCUAGUUUAAAAGGCUGGAAGGCGGGCUUCAGGAUCUAGUAUCCUGAGAGUGCCAGAGAAGAGCCUGUUUGGCACAGCCAUGACCCGGCAGGCAGGGAGCUCUUGGCUGCUCCGUGGUCUCCUGCUCUUCGCAUUGUUCGCGUCCGGCGUCGCUCCCUUCAACUGGGAUCUCCUGGAGCCCCGCAGCCGAGCAAGCAAGAUUCGAGUACACCCUCGGGGCAACCUCUGGGCGACUGGUAAGUGUUAGGGGACCCCCACAAGCGUGCCUCAUUCUCCUUGGUCCUCAGUUUCCUUUUCAAACCUCUGGAGGCUCUUAGUAGCGAAGCUCCUGCAGACCCCGGGGGCUUAUCAAGUUUUACAGAUGGGAAUCUUGAGACCCUAGCACUCACAGACUUGGCUAAGUUAACCCACUCAGCAAGUUUAAGACAGAGCCAGGCCAGCAUCUUAGAUCUGGUUGCCAGUUGGUCGCCCUUUCCUUAGGCAGACUACCAGGUCUUCUCACCUCGUGUCUUCUCUGCACAUCCAUCUAGAGGUACCUUCUCCACUACCUUCCCUGGCAGGUAAUCUCCCUGGUACCAGGCUAUCUACCCUUCUGUCCUCCAGUGGGUCAGGAAAAGCUGAGGAUGUCAGCUUUGCCUCCACCCAGAGAUCUGUGGCUUCUUGUUGAGAAUGUUUCUUGUCUUCCCUCUGUGAGAGCUGAAAGGUAGAAUAGACCAGAACAUGCUUAUAGUAAUAGGGUCCUCAUCCCUCGCUUCCAUGUACCUUGGCACCUCCUUUUUUAGGUCACUUCAUGGGAAAGAAGAGUCUGGAACCCCCAAGCCUGUCACUUGUGGGGACAGCACCCCCUAACACCCAGAGGGACCAGAGACUACAGCUGAGUCAUGAUCUGCUCAGGGUCCUCCUGCUAAAGAAAGCUCUAGGCAUGCACCUCAGUGGCCCAGCUCCCCCACUCCAGUACAGGAGACUGCAGGAGCCGAUACUACAGAAGUGAUGCCAAUAAUGGAACAAACACGAUGCUGGUCUUAGAAUGUGUCCGUCCAGAGAAGCUGAGGAAUGGAACCCUAGCAGUGGCCUCCUCUGGAUGUAAAUCCCAAGCUCAAAUGUGUUACUCUGUUACUGUGAUUUCUGGUUGGAUCACCAGGAAUGUUGACAACAGACACAAAGUCUUUCCUGCUGUAUUUCUUGCUUCCCUGGUGAAGUUGUGAAUAAAAAUGCUGCUCUUUACACA